GAACCAGCAGAAGCUGAAGCGUCUCACACGAGAAGAAGGCUGCUGGUCCCAGCAAACGGUGCAGACCCCACUGAAAGUCUGAGACUAUUCUUCGAUUACUUUGCAACCGCCGUGUCCCCUAACUCCUGGGACUCACUCAUGAGGCAGUUGGGCCUCACGCGAAAUGAGAUCCUUCUGGCCAGAGAAGGGGUCCGGGUCCCUCGGGAUGCCUUGUAUGAAAUGCUAGAGACCUGGGUCAGCAACAAGGGACGGGAGGCCUCAGUCAACACCCUGCUGGAUGCCUUGGAAACGCUGGGGGAAAGACUGGCAAAGGAGACAAUUCGGGACCACCUGUUGGGCUCGGGAAAGUAUGUCUAUGAAGAUGGUGAAGCAGGCUCUGCUGUGUCCUGA